AUGGAGCACCCUGCACGCACGGAUUUGUUGAACAGAGAUGCCGUCGAGGUGCAAUUGGACGCCUUGCAACGUAGACCAAUCCUUGGAGCACCGGAGCACGAUCCUCUGAUCCUAUACGCUCGACCAGGUGCGCCAUCCGCGGCAUUAGACACGGCGAAAUUGGCGCCGCAACCUCCGCCGCCAGUCACCGCCAUGAUCGAUGCAGCGAUAGAUUUGUUCGCUGCAGUCUACCCAUUCCAACCUCGCGAAAUCCAAAUCAGCUCUAUCGAGACUUUGCUGGGUUACUGUCGCAGCUCACGACUUGAAAAGAACCCAGGAAGAAAGCAAGCAGUCCAGCUCAAUGCCUCUGCUUGUCUACUGGGAGCCUUGAGGGUAGCGACAAAUUCAGGCUCAAGGGGAAGCAGACGCGCUGCUGGCUUCAACAAUGAUCGUCUCACGCAAGCUCUUCGAGAAAUCCUAAAGGACGCCUUACUUUCUGGCGAUGCGUCGCUGCGCGCCUCAGCUGCUGAGGCUUACGGCCGCCUCGCUGCAGUAGCAGGCUCCCACGCUAUGUCUGCGCAGGUCCAAUUUCUCGUAGAUCAGGUGGUCAACAAUCGGGAUCCAGGCGCACGCGCGGGUUGCGCACGAGCUUUUGGAUGUGUCUACAGCGAGGUAGGGGGACUCUCUGCGGGACCACUCACCAAGACGAUCGUGAAUAUUCUCAUGUCGCUCUCGUCCGAUCCGCACCCGACCGUGCAUUACUCUGCCAUGGAAGCGCUCCGUAUGGUGGUCGAGGCAGCAAGCUUGAGCUACUCUUCCUACGUCUCUAGCACACUUGGAAUGCUGGUCAAAUUGUACAUGCUCGACACGCACGAACCCGAAGGAGGUAGUGCCGGCUCUAGUAACCUGCGCGCUGAUCUGCCGGCUCAUCAGGCUGCGUGUCGCAUCAUCUCGGCUCUCAUAGGAGUUCUGGGUCCAGACUUGCUCGACUCGCAGAAGGUGCGGGAUCUGAUCCUGACGCUGCUGCAUGAAUUCGGGCUAGAGCAAUCGAACCCUGGAGUCGUGGUUGAGGCUUCCAAAGCGAUGCAGCACUUUGCUCUCUUUGCGUCGGAACACAUGGACUUGUCGGUCUGGAUUCUAGAGCUCAAAGGUCAUCUACAGAGCACUCAGCGACCCCGCAAGCUUGCGGCGAUCAACAGCUUUUAUCAGCUCAUUCAACGUCAAGCUCUCGUGGUCAGCCGCGUUGGCGGAGAUGCACUAGUGGAGGAUCUCUUCGCACAACUUGAUGACGACCCUACGAUCGAUGGUGUCCGACAAGUUUUGCUUGGGUGGCUGCGUCAGACCGCCGAGCUCAGCCCCAAUUCUUGGAUCAAUCUGUGCCAGAGAAUCAUGAGCCGUGCAGUCGCAGGUGAUGUUCAAGCGCCUGCCAAGAAGACACAGCAGCAACCAGGCAUGCUGCAGGACGAGGAAGCGGCCGGUAUUAAUCUUGGAGAGGAGGUAUCGGCCAACAGUGCAGCUUUGUCGCACUCGCGCUGGAGAACGCAGCUCUUCGCUCUGCAGUGCUUGCACGAGGUGUUCUUGGCGGUGGGUCGUGCUGGGCGCUUGGAGCAUUUCGGUACACCGCUUGCAGCCCCUGCCACAGGGGCAGUGCAAAGCACUGCCACGCAUCCUGCCCCGCGCGUGCUCAUGAGUAGCCGUGUAGCAGAUUUGAUCAAGAUGGCCUUCAUCGCAAGCACGUCGGCGACAUCAGCUAUUCGGCUUGAGGGGCUGACAGUCCUCAGCGACGUCAUCCAGUACUUUAAAGCUGCGCGGGAUCCCGACUUCGAAGAGUCCUUGUUGUUAGAACAGCACCAAGCACCAAUUGCAGCAGCUCUGACGCCCGCAUUCAGCUCGGACAGCACUCCCGAAGUCUUGGCUGCUGCCGUGCAGGUCUGCGCAACUUUCGUAGGGUCGGGUGUGGUGAGAGAAGUGGAGAGAAUGGGUCGCAUUCUGAGGUUGUUGGCUACAGCGCUCGAAAGAUGCACAGAUCCUGAAAUGGAGAGCCUGGGAGAGGUCUCACACCUCUCACCAAACGCUGCCUCCACCUUGAAGAUCGCCACAUUGACCGCUUGGAGUGAGCUUCAGAUAUCCACGCUUCAGCAACCCUACUUGCGCGAGGUGAUACAGCCUCACAUACCAACCCUGGCACCGUACUGGAUCGCCAGCUUACGCGACUAUGCGCAAAUGCGCACGGACCCUGAAGCAGCGGUACUGGCCAUGCCGCAGCCAGGCCCUCCACUGAAUGCGAGGUUGGAUCAGCAGUAUGCCGGCUUGACGCAGGAAGUGAUCUUGCCACACUACAAUCAAUCAUGGCACAAGAUUCUGCACGCUGUGACAGUGCUUGCAGACCAAGCCAACAUUCCAAUGCUGCUGGCUCUCAACGGCGAGAUCGACCUGGACGCCAGCGCUGACGUUAAGCCAGAGCUGUCGCCGUACCGAGAUGCUCCAGCGACGAACUUUCAUCCCUUGUUUGGCUUGGCAGUGGAAGCGCUUGCAUCAAGCGCGAAUGCGCCGUCUUCUUCGGCCGCUGCGCCUUUCAUGGAGGUGUCUGCAGAAGCACAGCGGAGCCGUGUAGCACUCUACGCGAUACGCACCCUCAGCAAAGCGCACUUCGCAGGGCCGGCGCUCUUGGAUGCCUCAGUCUUUGAAGAACUCCGCACUCUAUAUAUGCGUCUUGUCAUGACUGAGCCUUUGCCCAUUCAGCUGAAUGUCAUUGAAGUGCUGCUCAGCAUGAUAGACAGCUACCAAGGUCGCUUGCUCGAUGUCGAACCGUAAGUCGUGCAACGAAUUACAGGAAGAUCGCAAUGCAGGCAGCGAGACCCAGCUGACUUGGUCCCAUACUUUCCUCAGCGUCGCAGGCGAAGCAUUGCCAAGCGAGGCAAAGUUGACUCAGUGCUUGCAGAUCAUCAUCCGUGUGAUGACACAUUCGUAUCUAUUGCCAGGUGCCGCAGAGGAUAAAAUCGCUCUGCUCAGGACCGCAUACACGGCCUUUUUGGCUACGUCCACCCAUUUCUUGCAAGGUCAGCAAGAGUCCUUGCUCGUACUUGCGCUGUCAGCCUACAGUGGUGCGUCGGGAUGUUUGGGCGCCGCGACGCGACCACGCUGCUUACACUGCACUUCGCGACGCAUGACCAGAAUUAUUGCACGACGAGCGACAAGAACUGGAUCUGAUUGGUCCUACUUUGCCUUGCCUGAAAGCCAUCUGCGAAAGGGGGGCAUCGGUCGCUCAGCCGGCAAGCGAUGUCCUUGAGAAAGGCGUGCACGGCUUCAUGUGCGCAGCCCUCAACAACAUCGACGAGCUCAGGUGAGCAUGUGAUCGCCACUUAUGCUUCUGGAAGGAUAUUGCUGACAAUUUCGCGUUCCAUUUUCUGCGUCACCAGGGCCCGUGCAGGCGUCAUCAUUGACAUCAAGACCCGGAACAGCUUGCUCGCACUGACAGUGGUCUUGACGUCGUUACCGAACGGCGUCAAGGCAAGCACAAGUGUCAUCGACCAUUUCUGCUUCCUGAUUGCGCAGAAGCUUCAUGCUGGAGCCGACUCCAACAUUGGUCUCACGGCAUUGAACUGCGCUCGAUCGAUUAUGCUUGCGUCUAGCAAGGGAGGUGCCUCUUUUCAAUAUGCGGUCGGUUUACUGCUACCAAAGCUCGUCGAAUUUGUUGCAGGCGAGGGAGCCAAAUUGAAGCAGUUGGACGACGUCAAAGCCGCAGACUUGCCCGUCCGCCUGAUGGGCGAAGCCGUCAAAGCGUUGGCAGCCUUUGGGCUAUCGACACCGCACUCUUACAGUGAGUAAGCACUCGAUACGCUCACCCGCCCCUUCCACACACGCGACAACUAAUGUUGCGCUUUUGCAUGGCAGGAGCACGUGUCUUUUCCAUUGUCAUGCCUACAUUUAUUCUCCUUUUGUCGCCGGAUGAGCCCAAAGCAUUGCACGAUGUAGCUGUCGCGCAGCUGCUGGCUUUCGCAACGCAAGCUGGCCCGGCCUUCAAGGAAGUCACUGCCACAUUGGCCGCAGACCAUCGCACCGUGCUCGAGACGAGCAUUAGAAACGCUCUUGCGGCAUCUGCGACAGCCGGCGCAAAGAGUUCGCAUCCGGCAGCACCUCAACGAACAGAGGCGAAGAUCGCACUUCGCAGCUUUGGUUGA